AUGGCACUCAUAUAUGGUACCAGUACUACAGAUUUUGCUAUAAUGUUGUUCUACUUGGGUGUUAAACGCAUUUCCAGCAGUUUGAUUGGUUUUAGUCUUCGGUGGUCUGUCAUAGCUUCUCAACUGCCAGGACGAACAGAUAAUGAUGUGAAAAACUAUUGGAACACAAAGUUGAAGAAAAAGCUGCUGGCGGUUGCUGCAAGAAAUAACAUUGUGGCUACUAGACAGACAUGUGAUCACAACAUUGCUCAGUUUUCAGCUCCAGUUCCUCCCAAAAUCGAAACCCCUCAUGGCCCUGAGACUUCAUCUUGUUUAGGUGGCACAUUACCAUAUGCAGCGAACAUAAGUUCGGUGCAUAGUUUUGAUCAACCAAAGCAAACUUUUGAACCCUGGUGCAAUCAUUCUGAUUCAAAGCCUAUGGAAGUUUCUGAUUUUGGCAGCACUAGUGAAAGUAACAGUUUCAGUAUUCCACUAUCUCAUCAGGGAGUUUCAAGUCUUCCCAGUUCAUCCAGUCUGGCUCAGCUGGAUCAGUACCAUUGCUCCUUGUGGUCUGGAUAUGAAGGUAUCAAUUACGUUAACAGCGAGUUCCUUAUGGACUUCGGAUUCAAAACUCCUCCUGGUGAUCAUUUUCUUCUGGGUGGCUUUGGUCAUUAGGCGCAUUCCUAUCUAUCAAACCGCCACAAGCCCACAAACUAUCUUGUAAUAACAUGCAAUUAAAUAAGUUCAGAGGAGAAAGAAGACCCAGAUAACGUUGCUAUUAACGGUAAUGUAU